UGCACCUUUGCCUCCUCGCACGCCGGAGCCCGCUGGAGCCCGCCAGCAUCCUCCCCACGACGUGCUGCCCUGCGCCCGCAACCAUGUGCCGCACCCUGGCCGCCUUCCCCACCACGUGCCUGGAGAGAGCCAAAGAGUUCAAGACACGUCUGGGAAUCUUUCUUCACAAAUCGGAGCUGGGCUCUGAUACUGGGAGUGUUGGCAAGUUCGAGUGGAGUGGCAAAUACAGCAAGGAGGGUAGAAGCUUCUCAGAAAAUGUGCUGGGGUGGAGAGAGUCCUUUGAUUUGCUGCUGAGCAGUAAAAAUGGAGUGGCGGCCUUCCAUGCUUUCCUGAAGACAGAGUUCAGUGAGGAGAACCUAGAGUUCUGGCUGGCCUGUGAGGAAUUCAAGAAGAUUCGAUCAGCUGCCAAGCUGGCUUCCAGGGCUCAACGCAUCUUUGAUGAGUUUAUUCGCAGUGAAGCCCCUAAAGAGGUGAACAUUGACCAUGAGACCCGGGAACUGACAAGGACAAACCUGCAGGUGGCCACGGUCACAUGCUUUGAUGUGGCUCAGGGGAAGACACGCACCCUGAUGGAAAAGGACUCCUAUCCGCGCUUCCUGAAGUCACCUGCUUACCGAGACCUGGCUGCCCAAGCCUCAGCUGCCACCACCUCUGCGUCCACCUGCAGCCUGACUGAGCCCUCACACACCUGA